AUGCCCCAUUGGCAUGCAGCUAAUCCGUCUGUAGGUCGUCGGAGCUUUGCCUCAACUUCUGCGCGGGGGGCGGACAUUACUCUGACGGUUGAUGGGAAGGAGGUGACUGUACCACAGGGCUCUGCCCUUAUUCAAGCUUGUGAAGCUGCGGGAGCAACGAUACCACGGUUCUGUUAUCAUGAUAGGCUCGCCAUCGCUGGGAAUUGUCGCAUGUGUCUGGUCGAAGUCGAGAGGUCACCAAAGCCAGUCGCCUCAUGUGCAAUGCCAGCUAUGCCUGGAUCAAAAGUUUUCACAAACACACCCUUGGUUCACGAAGCUCGCGAAGGCGUAAUGGAGUUCCUUCUCGCGAACCACCCCCUGGAUUGCCCCAUCUGCGAUCAAGGUGGGGAAUGCGACCUACAAGAUCAGUCUAUGCGGUACGGCUCUGACCGCACUCGCUUCCACGAAAUCACCGGCAAACGCGCUGUUGAGAACAAAGAUCUCGGCCCCCUCGUCAAAACCUCCAUGAAUCGCUGUAUCCAAUGUACCCGAUGCAUCCGAUUCGCCAAUGAAGUUGCUGGGGUCGAGGAGCUUGGGUCUACAGGACGUGGAAACGACAUGCAGAUCGGCACGUACGUGGAGAAGACGAUGGACUCUGAGUUGUCGGGGAACAUUGUGGACCUGUGCCCCGUUGGUGCCUUGACGAGCAAACCAUAUGCAUACCAUGCUCGUCCUUGGGAGCUCAAAAACACAGAGUCCAUUGACGUGAUGGACGCUGUGGGCUCGAACAUCCGAAUCGACUCUCGUGGUGUCGCAGUGAUGCGCAUCCAACCGCGGACAAACGACGACGUCAACGAGGAGUGGAUCAGCGACAAGACGCGGUUUGCGUACGAUGGGCUGAAGUACCAACGCCUAACAACACCUCUGAUAAAGCAGGGUGAUAGAUUUGUGGCUGCAACAUGGGAGGAUGCACUGGCUGCCGUUGCGCAGGGGCUGGCUGCGACUAGUGCGACUGGCAACGAGAUUCAAGCUAUUGCCGGACAUCAUGCAGACACGGAGUCCUUAACCGCCCUGAAAGACCUCAUCAACCGUCUUGGCUCAGACAAUCUUGGGUUGGACCAAGUCGGUGGCACUGCUCCCCCUGUUCACGGUGUCGAUGUGCGGUCAAAUUACCUUUUCAACUCCACUAUUCCCGGCGUCGAGAAGGCCGACGUCAUCCUCCUUGUUGGCACAAAUCCCCGGCAUGAGGCAGCUGUGCUCAAUUCCCGGAUCCGCAAGAGCUGGUUGCAUACAAGUCUGGAGGUCGGUCUGAUUGGAGAACGGGCUGAUACUACGUAUGGGUAUGACUUCCUAGGAGAGGAUGCUAAAGCGUUGUCGGACUUUGUCGCUGGCAAGGGCGACUUUGCCAAGAAGUUCAAGGCUGCGAAGAAGCCCCUCAUCAUUGUUGGUAGCGCGUUGAGCGAGCACCCAGAUGGUGCUGCCAUGUAUAACAAGCUUGCGAAGUUUGUUGAAGCAAACAAGGCUACUCUUGUUACUCCGGAAUGGAAUGGUUACAGCGUCCUUCAACGGGUUGCUUCACGGCCAGCAGCCUACGAGCUCGGCUUUGUUCCGUCAAAGCAGGCCUCAACAACGAAACCGAAGUUCAUAUACCUUCUCAAUGCCGAUGAAGUCGACCCCAAGUCCAUCCCUCGAGACGCCUUUGUUGUGUAUCAAGGCCAUCAUGGUGACUUGGGUGCACAACUAGCUGACGUCUGCCUCCCUGCCUCAGCCUACACUGAGAAAGGGACAACAUGGAUCAACACCGAAGGUCGGUCACAACUCGGCCGUGGUGCUGUGCCUGCUCCUGGUGCUGCUCGUGAGGACUGGAAGAUCAUACGCGCGUUGUCUGAGGUCAUCGGUGUGCCUUUGCCCUAUGACGGCAUUCUCGAGCUCCGGGAUCGGAUGUGGGAGAUUUCACCGACACUAGUGAGGUACGACGUCACAGAGCCAACAUCUGUCGACGUGGCCCUCGCAGGCCUCAAGACCUUGGUCGCUGCAACAAAAGAUGCCAAGAUCUCUGGUGUUCCUCUCCGAAAACCCAUUUCCAACUUUUACCAGACAGAUCCUAUUUCAAGAGCAUCCGUGACGAUGGCGCAAUGUACGAAGGCAUUUGUUAGAGGGGAAAACUACGGCUUUAGCCCGUUCGGUAAAGAAGCACAAGCUGCUGCUGCAUGAGGCUUGUAUAUAGAACUCACUGAAAUCGGCAUUAUCUUUUCUUUUCCGUUU